CUUCUUUAUUUAAGCUGUAGUUCUGCACUGAAGCCCAGCAAUGCUGCCGAUAUCAGUUUGCAAAUUGCCUUUGGAGAGCGACUGCUCUCAUUGCCGGCUGCCCUGGUCACAUGGACCCCCGCUAUCUUUAGAAGCAGGCAUUUAUAUUGCAGAGUUUGCAGCUUCUGGGCAGCUCUUGGGCAGAUAGAGAAAAGAAACCAUGCUGACACAUCUCAAGGGUCUUGCUACUCACAGGUGAUUGAAAGACAACGAAGAUGUCCUCGCAAUGAGAGGCCGCCCUUGACUCCACCAUGCAGUCCAAACAGCUUGACGAAAGAGUCCGGAUCCACUUGGAAGAGGAGUAUUUCUCCGUGGACAAGGCCCUUCUGGUGGAUCACAGUGAAUACUUCCGGGCACUCUUCCAAUCGGGCAUGAGGGAGAGCAACCAGAAAGAGAUCCAGAUCCGAGAUCUAAGCGCCACGGGGUUUUCCAUCAUGUUGAAGAUCCUGGAGGGAGGUUUUCCAGUGCUGAGCUGCGAAGAGAACCUCAAGGCGGUGGAGUGUGCCUCCUUCCUACAGGUCAAAGCCAUGGCCAAGUACUUGAUUGCCUCCAUCAAUUCUGACAACUGCAUCAUUCUCUACCAAGCCGCGGCCAUGUUCGGCCUCCUGGACCUCUUCCACAGCGCGGCGCUGUACAUCAGAGACAGUUAUGCAGACCUGGAGGAGUAUCUGGACUGCCUCUCUCCAGAUCUUCUUGAUUACAUCGAGUCCCUGGUGCCCAGCACAUUUGUGGCAGUGGGAGCGCACACUCCCACCUUUGAGUUCUUGGAGGACCUCUCUCGAACCAUCUGCUACCUGAAUGAGGAGGACAACACCUGGAGGACCCUUUCCUGCAUGCCGCUGCAUGCCAGCACAUUCCUGGCUGGCAUGGCCACCUUGGACAACAAGAUUUACAUUGUGGGAGGUGUCUAUGGCUACAACAAGCAGGUGGUGGACCAAAGCUUUUGGUAUGACCCUGUGACUGAUGUCUGGAGUGAGUUCCCCAGCCCUCAGCAGCUCCGCUACGACGUCACAUUGACAGCCCAAGAGGACCAUCUCUAUGCCAUUGGCGGGGAGUUUGAGAAGAUGCCACUCAAAUCCGUGGAGAAGUUCAAUGUGUCCACGAACACGUGGAGCUUCGUCUCGGACCUGCCCCAGCCAGCAACUGCAGUCCCGUGUGCCCAAGCCAUGGGGCGCAUCUUUGUUUGCUUGUGGCAGCCGCUAGACACCACCAUCAUCUAUGAAUACGAGACACAGAAGGACGAAUGGCUUCCCAUCUCAACCCUCAACAGGUCUCAGAGUUAUGGCCACUGCAUGGUGGCCCACCGGGACAACCUCUACAUCAUGCGCAAUGGGCCUUUUGAUGACUUCCUGCGCUGCGUGAUGGAUUGCUACAACCUGAGCACCAAGCAGUGGUCCUCCUUGCCUGGCCAGUACGUGAACAGCAAGGGGGCCCUCUUCACGGCGGUCAUCAAAGGGGACAUUGUUUACACGGUCAACAAGAUGGUCACUCUGAUCUACACAAUAGAGGACAACACAUGGAAAUUCAAAAAGGAGAGAGCGGGUUUUCCAAGAAGUGGUUCUUUGCAAACUUUCCUUCUCCGGCUUCCAAGAACAGGUCACAGCAUUGCAACGUAGAUCACCUCCGAUCUCCUAUGGGUUGCUGAGGUGGCCACAUCUCUGGAUUCUGGCUAUUUCACUUUUGUUGAUUCUUUUGGAAGGCCUUGGAGAUUACAGCCCAAGUGGGCCCAGGAUUGUGAAAUUCCCUUAGUUCAAAUGCUCCUUGUACCUUUUGAAGCAACAGAACCUAGUUUUAUGUUGUAGGCCAUCAUAGAGUGAUGUUGGAGGCCAUCAUAGAAUAGCUCUUGUAGCUGGUUUUGUAGGCCUUGAGCUAUGGAGUUGUCAUAUAAUCCAUUUGCUACAACCAAAUAUGUCCUUCAAAUGCAGUAGGCUGUCCACUUUCAUUAGGAUUAGGUCCUCCAAAAAGGUUGGAAAACUGCAGAUAAAAAUACUAUUUUUUAACCUGUUAGAACAACAAAUCUCUCUAACAAAUCUCUAAGGGUGACUCUGGUCAAUGUGAUAAGCAGAGUAAGGAACAAUGGAAGUUGUAAUCCGUCAGGGUCUGUUGGGUCUGAUAUUCACAUGCCUGGUUUAGGUUCAUCCAUAGGUGAACAGAAGGAUGUUCCUUCCUCCUCACCCAGCUUGAUGGCAACAUAAGUAGUUUUAUAUUAAGUGGAUCUUUGGUCUGUUAAUAUUGUCCACACAGACCACUAGUAGAUCUUUCUGGUUUCAGAAGAAAAGUAUAUCCAGCUCUACUUGAAAUGCCGGGGGUUUCUUUUUGGAGAAUCAAUGUUGGGACUCAGCCAUACAAUACUGGAGUCUCUCCAGAUCUCCUAUGCUGAAUAUUCUAAAGAUUAAGUGCCCUUUAAUUCUGAACUGGCAUUAAUGUACAGGCAGUGCCCGAGUUAAAAACAUCCAACUUACAAAUGACUCCUAGUUCAGAAUGGGGAUGAGACAAUAGGAAGUAAGAAAAUUCACUUUUAGGAAGGGAAAUACACUCUUGGAAGAGUUAUUAUCAUGGGGGAAACUGGUCUCCACUUUUUUUUCAGAUCAGGAGCAACUUGAGAAACUGCAAGUUGCUUCUGGUGUGAGAGAAUUGGCUGUCUGCAAGGAUGUUGCCCGGAUUUUUUUGAUGUUUGCCAUCCUUGUAGGAGGCUUCUCUCAUGUCCCCGCAUGGGGAGCUGGAGCUGACAGAAGGAGCUCAUCUACGCUCUCCCCGGAUUCAACCCAGCAACUUUGAAGUCAGCAACCCAACCUUUAGGUCAGCAAUCCUGCCGGCACAAGGGUUUAACCCAUUGUGCCACUAGGGGCUCCUGCGGUCUCCACUGAAGCUUUAGCACCAAUCCUUGUUUCAUAGCAAGCUAGAUUUUUCAAAAUCCCAUUUUCACAGGAACAGAAAGUGAGGUGAAGCCUUCUGAAUAGGGGUGUUCACCCUUCCCUAUGCUAUCCAAAGAGCAUAGAUAGAUAGAUAGAUAGAUAGAUAGAUAGAUAGAUAGAUAGAUAGAUAGAGAUAUAUAGAUAUAUAUUUGUAUAUUUGACUGGACUUAUACUUUUAAAACAAAUUCAGCUUAAAAACAAACCUACAGAACCUAUCUUGUUCGUAACUUGGGGACUGCUUGUUUACUGUUUUUGGAAAAGAGAAUAUUUAAUGCCAGUAGAUAUGUGAUAGACAGGCAUGUGAUGUGUUUAAAGCAAACCUACAAACUGAGUGCAUUUUGAUCAUUUAUACAUUUUUGUCCCAAAAUGACCCACAAAUUCAGCAAGUAUGUGUCCUGCUGAGCCAAAAGAGACUGAGAUCUGGCCUGAAGAUAAAGGUUUUCCCCUGACAUUAAGUCCAGUCAUGUCCAACUGAGGGUUGGUGCUCAUCUCCAUUUCUAAGCUGAAGAGCCGGCUUUGUCCGUGGACACCUCAUAAGUCAUGUGGCCGGCAUUACUGCAUGGAGUGCUAUUACCUUCCUGCCGAACCGGUACCUAUUGAUCUACUCACAUUUGCAUGUUUUCAAAUUGCUAGGUUGGCAGAAGCUGGAGCUAACAGGGGAGCUCACCACGCUCCCUGGAUUCAAACCGCUAACCUUUCGGUCAGCAAGUUCAGCAGCUCAGUGGUGUACUCUGCUGCAUCAGUGGGGGCUCCUGGCCUGAAGGUACCUGAGCAAUAUUGUUUCUGAUACAAAUAAAUGCUUUUCCAUGCAACCUA